AUGGCGCCUGACCAGUCUCGAUCACUUUCGAGAGCGAUCCCACAUGGUGCAUCGUUACGAGCCGUUGAAGAAGAUGCCCUUCCAACGAAGUCGCCGACAGACUUCCUAUGGGUGAACCAAGAUGAGGAUCCUCAAGACCGCACUGCUGCUCGAGCCAAACAAGCCUUUAUAAGGACACGAUAUCAUCGACGGAAAAAGGAAACCCAACUGCAGAACUUGAAGACCUCUGUUAAACCUUUUCCGAGUGAGAACCGCGUUGUACGGUCUCAAGAAGCUCCUGCUCAUAUUGCACAUACACCAGUAUUAGGACAAGCCACCAACCUGGACAUUCUAGACGGUAGCCAGUCGGAUGAGAUACCCUCACAGCCGGUGCCAAGCGAACAUGGCUACUUAGUCUUAUUGGCUCACCGGCUGUUUACGAUAGGACGUGACCGCCCACUUUCGCCUUUUCAAGAAACUUUGCGGCUGUCAAUCCAAGUUCAUACGGCGAUCCGGGUGUGGAAGUUUGAUGGGAUGGCCUGCGCAGAGAAUACGGCGGCCCAGUUUCGGCAACAUCUGGAUGAAAAUCUUCAUAUCAUCCAGCAGACAGAUCUAGAUCUGCUCUUCUGGAUGCUGUUUAUGGGCAGCCUUGCCGCUCACGAGCCAGAUUGCUUUGCAUGGUUCCUGCAGCAUCUCAAAGAAACCGCGCGACAGUUACAAGUGGAGGAUUGGCACAGUGCCGAAUCGAUCCUGCAGGGCUUUUUCUUUGUGAGUCGGCCAUUGAAUGAACCGGCAAAGUUGUUAUGGAAUUCAAUGGUCCGAGAUGCUUCGACUGCGUAA